CCGAUGUAGGCCACCAGCCUCCCUGAAGGGCUGGCGUGGUGGAGGGCCACCGCCGCAGCCGUCUGGGCUUCAUCGGCGCGGCUCCGCGCGGCGCCGCGCGGCGCCACUGCGCCGAGGCCCAGCAAAAAGCACUCGCUGGCCCCCGCCCGCUGCGCCCGCCGCGCUGGCCUUGCCCCGCGUGUCGGCGCCAUGGCGGCGGCGGCCGGCGGCGGCCAGCGGCAGGACGCCACGCUCGCGGGGCGGUGCGAGCUGCGCCGGCUGCUAGGGCGGGGCGCCUUUGGGGAGGUCUGGCUCGCCGACGGCCCCGAGGGUGUCCAGUUCGCCGUGAAGGUGGUUCCGUGCGACAGCGCCGCCGGCGAGGCGGAGGGCGCGGCCGCGCAGGCCCGCCGUGGCUCGGCGCUGCGGGAAGCGGAGCUCCUGAAGGAGCUGCGGCACCCGCACAUCGUCGCCUGCCAGGAGGUGUCAUACGACGGCGAGCGGCAGGUCGUCCGGCUGGUGCUCGAAUACAUGGACGGCGGUGACCUGCACGGGCUCAUCGAGGCCCGCCGGGAGGGCGGCGGCGACCUCCUCGGGGCGCACUUCGCCCGGAGGGUGCUGGCCGCCGUAGGGGGCGCCCUGAAUUUUGUCCACGCCCGGAGCAUUUUGCACCGGGACGUCAACCCGCCAACAUCCUGCUGGCCCGCAGAUCCCAGCGGAUCAAGCUGGCCGAUUUCGGCAUCGCCAAGCUGGUGGAGGCAUCGACGCUUAAGGCGUUCACGUGUGUGGGGACCCCGUACUACGUCUCGCCCGAGCUGAUCUCCGGGGAGGAGAGUACGGACCCCCGGCCGACUGCUGGGCCAUGGGCGCCGUGAUGUACGAGGUCGCGGCCCUGCGGAGGCCGUUCGAGGCCUCCAACCAGCUGGCGCUCGUGCGGCGCAUCUGCGAGGAGAGCCCGGCGGCGCUGCCAGAGGGCACCUCGGAGGACGUGAGCCGCGCCGCGCUCGGGCUGCUCGCCAAGGACCCGCUGGAGCGCAUGCGCCUCGUGGAGGCGCUGGGCGUGAGCGACGCGGUGUCUGCGCUGGUGGUGGACGGCGACGCGCCUGGGCCCGAGAGCCCGCCCACGGCGGAGCCAGGGAUACCCCUGGGCCCCGCGGGGGGCGCCAGCGACGCCAGCGGCGCGGCCGGCGGGCCCGACAGCGACUGGGCCGGC